AUGGCUUUCCUGGAGGAUGGGAACCACACUGCAGUGACAGAAUUCAUUUUAUUGGGCUUAACUGAUGACCCAGUCCUUAGAGUCGUCCUCUUCACCAUCAUCCUGUGUAUCUACCUGGUGACCGUGUCUGGGAACCUCAGCACCAUCCUCCUCAUCAGAGUCUCUUCUCAACUCCACCAUCCCAUGUACUUUUUUCUCAGUCAUUUGGCUUCUGUUGACAUAGGGAUCUCAUCUUCUGUCACACCCAACAUGCUUAUCAAUUUCUUGGUAAGUCAAAGUACCAUCUCCUACCUUGGAUGUGGCAUCCAGCUCAGCUCAGCUGAUUUCUUUGGGUCAGUUGAAUGUUUCCUUCUGGCUGCCAUGGCUUAUGAUCGCUUCAUGGCAAUCAGCAACCCACUGCUAUAUUCAACCAAAUUGUCCACACAAGUCUGUAUCCAGUUGGUUGUGGGAUCUUAUAUAGGGGGUUUUCUUAAUGCUUCCUUUGCUAUAGUUUACUUUUUCUCUUUUCAAUUCUGUGGGCCAAAUAGAAUCAAUCACUUUUUCUGUGAUAUUGCUCCUUUGAUAGAACUCACCUGUUCGGAUGUUAGUGUCUUUGCAGUUGUUACCUCAUUUUCAGCUGGAUCAGUUAUUGUGAUCACAGUGUUUGUCAUAGCCAUCUCUUAUUCCUGUAUCCUCAUCACCAUCCUGAAGAUGAAUUCAACUGAGGGCCGUGAGAAGGCCUUCACCACCUGCACCUCCCACCUCACUGCAGUCAUACUCUACUAUGGGACAAUCACAUUCAUUUAUGUGAUGCCCAAGUCCAGCUACUCCACUGACCAGAACAAGGUGGUCUCUUUGUUCUACAUGGUGGUGAUCCCCAUGUUGAACCCACUCAUCUACAGCCUCAGGAACAAUGAGAUUAAGGGUGCUCUGAAAAGACAGCUUGGUAAGAAAACACUUUCUUAG